CCCACAGGCCCCCAAGGCCCCAAGACCUUUGAGCCAGCCAGUGGCCCUCCUGUUCGCGAGCCCCACUCCUUGGCCCCCCGUCAAGGUCCUCACACUCACCAGUCCCCUUCCGUUCCGGCUACCGGCAACCUUGGAAUCGGAAUCGCAAUCGGACCGGUCCCACCUAGAGCGGAGUCUGAUGGGACCAGAACGCAUGGGCCCACCCAGGUCGCGUAUCAAUCAGCCAAGCCUUAACCCCGCACUGGGAGAGAGCAGUGGCAGUCAGCGACACCAACUCCAUUACCGCCAUCGUCCGUCCUGGACUAUGGCAUCGUCUGCCAGUCGCUCUCCUCGCUGAGAACUGGUCACCCCGCCAUGUUCCGACGACCUCUUGCAACCUCUGAGGUGCACCUCGGAACACGAUGGCAUCGCCAAUCGCAUGCACCUUACCCAGGGGGCAUGCGCGAACAGCCUCUCGGACCUGACCUCUGUCUACUUGCUUCCAAGCCGACGACGAGAUCUGCAUACUCUACUCUCACCCCUCGUUGGGAGGCCAUCGACGAGAAUGACAUCCACACCGAAUGCGCACAGGGAUCGCAGCGAUAUGCCCAGCGCAUCCUGCAUUCCGUUGCUGUAGCGUAUACAGACGUGGAUUGGCAAGGACCUCGAGAAACGGCCGGGUGGGCCUCACUGCAAUGGCAGGCCCUGGCGUGGACCACGCUAGAGGUCACUGGAACAGACGCAUCACUUGUAGCUUUCAGCAUCUCUGGAGCACCUGAUUUCGCACUCGUUUCCGCUGAACAGAAUCCACCACCCACGUCAUGCAUCGAGUGGUACAGAGGCGACUAUUACGGCUACGAGGCUGUACAGGCCGAUGCUACAGACAGUAUGGACGCUCGCCCUGCAGCAUCAGUCCCACACUUGAUCACAGUCGAGCCAGGCAGAUACUACCUCCUCGUAAAGACUCUCUACGAAGUACGCGUCAUGGGCGAUCCUCAUGGGGUACCGCGGGUCAAAUUCACCGUAGAUGUAGAACUGCAGAAGAAUAGGCUCGAGAAAGAUCUGAUGCUCAUCGCUACCGGACAUCGCUUCCUCCACCCGGACAUUGUCGAUGGACGGGUCGCAGGCAGCGGCAUCGACCAGUGUGCUCUGGUCAGUGUGGCCAUCCGAAAUCCAUCGUCACGAGCGUACAAGUUCAGCUGUGUGGGCGUCCACGCGCCCGGCAGGAGGGCAGAGUUUAUCGGACUCGGCAAGAUAGAACCUUUCACUACUGUCAAGGUAGACCUGCGAGUUUGGUUCGAUGAGCACAUUCAGACUUCCUCAACGGGCCUCAAGAUGACUUUGUGCUUCACAGCAACCUUUGCUUACCCCUCAGCAGCAUACUGCUGUCUCGACCUGACCGUUCCACUGAAUCACAUCAGCUUCUCUGACGAUCCGGAGGUCGACUGCUCGUACAAGGUGACCUAUCUUGGACCUUCGGGAGUGGAGAUGGCCGUCAUUGUCCCUCCUUUGAAGCCCUCCGCCUCUGAAGCCAGCGCAGAGAGCAGGCUGACCAUCGUUGUGCUGCAUGGGGCUGGAGUAGACGUCCAAGGCUCUUCAAUGAGAAAGGCACUACGACGACAAAAGCGCUCCUGGGUAGUGCUACCGACGGGCAUCACUCCCUGGGGUCUAGACUGGCAGCAGGCAAGCUUCCACAGUUGGCGAAACGUCCUCUUCGAUCAAGAGUGGUACAGGCCACUGACCGAUACUCGACCUUCGGAUCGAUAUUUCCUCAUUGGUCACUCCAAUGGUGGUCAAGGCACCUGGUACGGUUUGACACAUCUUUCCGACCGCUUCGUCGGCGGGGUCGUAGCUGCAGGGUAUAUGUCCCUGCAAGAGUACGUCCCAUUCACCUGGACGGAAGGGAGACACUCUACGGAUCCCAUUCUGCGAGCAAUUCUGGACGCAGCUCUGAACGACUAUCGCAAUGACAUGCACGCUUCGAACUUGGUAGGCAUGCCUCUGCUCGUCAAGUAUGGGGUUGAGGACGAUAACGUCCCACCGUGGCAUUCACGUGCGAUGGUGAGCCUCAUCGAUGACUGGAAUGCAGAGAGUGCUGUCAAGGAGAAGAAGUGGCCUCGCAUCGUUGAGGUGCCGCACAGGCCCCACUGGUGGGAUGAGGUCCUCCGGGAGGACGACGUACAAGCAGCCAUAGACGCUGCGGAGAGCGAUCCUGCCUCGCCUCGAGUCCCACCAAGCAAGUUCACUCUGACGUGUUCUGAUCCGUCGGAGAUGCACGGCAUGUUCGGCUGGAAGAUCCUAGAGGUCGACGUGCCUGGACGUGUUGCAAGGCUCGAGGUCGAGUACGUGGAGGCGACCGAGGCCGUGGAUGCAAGCAUACGAUUGCGGACAACCAACAUCCGACGACUUGAAGUCGACGAAAGCAGUUCCAGCUUGAGGGGUCUCGAGAGCUGUACAGUCUUCAUAGAUCAGGAGUCUGUCGCUUCCCGGCUUCGAGGAGUUCGCACAGGGACGAUGACCUUCUACAAAGAGCGACUCUGGUCACUCGUAGAAGACGAAGCACUCAGCUCACUACCACGUCCUCGGCAGAUCUCCUCAAUCACAAGUCUCCUCACCGUUCCUCGCUUCCUACUCAUCGUUCCCGCCUCUUCUCUAGUACAGGGAAAUCACAGGGCACGAGAAAAGGCGUAUGAAUCCAUCGCCAGGAGGUGGGCAGCCGAUCUCCUCCUGUACAUCUCUGCCGAUGUGCGAAUCGUCACAGACGAAAACUUCCUCUAUGAGCGCUCCAAUGCCUCUCGCGCAGCCGCCGGCUCAGAGCAGCAGCGUCAUUUUCCACCUCCCAUUCACCGUAGUAACCAUGAGACCGUUUUGGACUUUCCCUAUAGCAUCCCCAUGGGCUUCAGCAGCAAUGACUAUUGGGACGACCCACACAUGAUCGCGAUGCGUACCGAUGACGACUAUGCAGAAUACCACGGUGGUGAUUCUGGCUCUGCUUACGGGUACGGGUACAGCUAUGGGUUUGGACUCCUCGACGUGCGUGAUCAGACGGAGCGUCAGAUUGCCAAGGAGCGGAGGAGGGCCGAGGAAUACGAGGAGCAGUGUAAAGCUCUCAAGGCUGAAGAGGCUGAGGAGGAAAAGAGACAAAGGGAGGAGCAAAAGGACGUGGAAAGUAGGACUUGGGUGUUUCUUGGUGGACCAAAGGAGAAUAAAGCUGUGGCAUCCAGGUCUACAUCAGAGGGGAACCAAGAGGUUGCGAGCACUUCUGCUCCCACAGAGGGAAGUCUGGAGACGGAGAGUGGUGGAAUUGACUUUAUCCAACAUCUCUCGCAAGAGCAAUGGAAGAUUGGAGAGCGGCUCUUCGCCGAGCCUGGAAUGGCUCUCCUCUAUUCCCUCCCCCAUCCAAACCCCCCAAAUCGCUCCCUCGUCCUCACCGGUUCCUCCUGUCCAGCAGGAAUCGAGCGUGCAGGUCGACUUCUACCCGUACGCACAGGGACUGCUUUACCAGAAUGGAUCGUGCUGGGGCCAAGAGCGGAUAGGUUUGCUGCUGGUGCGCGAGGAGUGGAGGCUGCUGGGUGAGUUUUGGAGUCUUGAAUUUGAAAUGAGUCAGAGCUGUCGAGAGAGGCACUUGAAUAAACUGAAGCAGCAUCGGAUCGGAUCGGACUUUUACUGACUCGAGGCGAGAGCCCGUUGUCUCCUUUUACUGAACGCUAGCUGGUACGAUCGCAAGUGGGGCUUCUCGGAGAGCAUGUCCUACCUCGGCUGAGUCACGCAGGACCUACAAGCGAUGAGGAUUUUCCAAACACAAGCAUGACUAGUACCAACAGUCGGACUCUGCAUCAUCA